UGCUCAGGCAGGGAGAGGGGCAGCCCCGGGGCGGGAGCGGAAAGAUGGCGGCGUCCCUGCGGCUGAGCGGGGAGCGGGCGCUGAGGCUGCUCCGGGCCGGGCGGGCGGCGCUGGGCGCGGGGCUCCCCGUCGCCGGACGAGCGGGAUGGAGGCACCUGCACGGCACCCGGGAGCUGCUGGGUACACCUGGUAUUAAAAUUCUUAUGCCUGCACUUUCUCCUACAAUGGAAGAAGGAAACAUUGUGAAAUGGUUAAAAAAGGAAGGUGAAACAGUGAAUGUUGGAGAUGCGUUGUGUGAAAUUGAAACGGACAAAGCAGUGGUUACCAUGGAAUCGAGUGAGGAGGGCAUAUUGGCUAAAAUACUGUUGGAUGAAGGAAGCAAAAAUGUACGCUUGGGCUCGCUAAUUGGUCUGCUGGUAGAGGAAGGACAGGACUGGAAGCAAGUUGAAAUACCAGCUGCUGAUAGUGAUCCAUCUUCCCUGGCUCCACCGCCACCUGCUCGUCCCUCAGCUCCUGCAAGUCCUUCUGUUGCAGCUCCUCCUAAAUUGGAACCUCAACCUGGAAAACUGCAGGUUCGUUUAAGUCCUGCAGCUCGCAACAUUCUGGAAACACAUGGACUAGAUCCAAGCAAUGUGACACCUACUGGGCCUCGAGGAAUCUUCACUAAAGAGGAUGCUCUCAAACUUCUGCAAGAGAAGCAGAAGGGUAAACCCACUGAACUGAAACCUAUGGUUUCUCCAGCUCCUCUCCAGCCUGCUGCAGUGCCUUCUGCUUCGCCAGCAACAGCUGCUUAUCCAAGGCCAGCGGUUCCACCAGUUUCCACGCCAGGACAACCUGCUGCUCUGGGCACAUUCACAGAAAUCCCAGCUAGCAACAUCCGAAGAGUUAUUGCUAAGAGAUUAACAGAGUCUAAAACUACGAUACCUCAUGCAUAUGCUGCUGCUGACUGUAACAUUGAUGCUGUUUUGAAAUUAAGAAAACAAUUGGCCAAAGAUGACAUUAAAGUAUCUGUAAAUGAUUUUAUUAUCAAGGCAACUGCAGUUACUCUGAAGCAAAUGCCAGAUGUGAAUGUAACCUGGGAUGGAGAAGGCUGCAGGCAGCUGCAGUCCAUUGACAUAUCUAUUGCCGUGGCAACAGACCGAGGUCUCAUUACACCAAUCAUAAAAGAUGUUGCUGCCAAGGGAAUACAAGAAAUUGCUGCCUCUGCAAAGGCUCUAGCAAAGAAGGCUAGAGAUGGAAAACUGUUACCAGAAGAGUACCAGGGAGGAUCUUUUAGUAUCUCCAAUCUGGGCAUGUUUGGCAUCAGUGGUUUCACUGCAGUCAUAAACCCUCCUCAGGCCUGCAUCCUAGCUGUGGGCCGAGCAAGACCAGAGCUCAGGAUUGUGGAAGAUGAAGAAGGGAAUGAGAAACUUGAACAGCAUCAGCGCAUGACAGUGACUCUUUCAAGUGAUGGUCGAGUGGUGGAUGAUGAACUGGCUUCCAAGUUUCUGGAGACCUUGAAAGCCAACAUAGAGAAUCCAAUACGACUUGCCUUAUGUUGAACUUGGUGAAGAUUGCUUCCUGUUUUGACAACAUAGAUAACAAUUAUAUACUUAGGGUUGUUUUUCUGUAUAGAGGAGUAAAUAGCUGGAAAUGGACAGUUAAAAAUAUUUAAAUUAUGAAUUAAUGUAAAACACUUAAGUUUCAUGCUUUUAGUCUUCUGUAAUGACCAGGUUUUAUACUGUAAAGCUAAAAGACUUUAAAGUUAACUUACUACAUUUCUUUAAAUUUUUAGUACCAAUGGCACAGGUUUGCAUAGGAAAGUCAAUCUCAUCUGUAAAGAAAAACUCAAUAAAACUUUAAAAUUUAAUCCAGCUUCCCCUGCAAUGAGCAGAGACAUCUUCAGAGCCCUGUCCAACUGACCUUGAAUGUUUCCAGGGAUAGGGCAUCUACCACCUCUCUGGACAACCCGUGUUUCACCACCCUCAUUGCAAAAAUGUUCUUCCUUAUGUCUAGUUUGAAUCUGCCCUUUUUCAGUUUAAAACCAUUACCCUUUGUCCUAUUGUAACAGGUCCUGCUAAAGGUUUGUUCCCAUCUUUCUUAGAAGCCCCCUCUAAUUAUUGAAAAAAACACAAGUUAAUUGUGCCAGCAGUGUUCUCAUGGAGGUCCCAGUAUGAAAGGUCAGAUUUUGCACAGUGAAUAUUUGCUGAUUAAUGCUGUUCUUUGCAUGUUUUGGAUAUAGAUAAAAGUAGAAAGUGUUUCAUCAUCAGUGUAUAUUGAAUUGUAACUCAGAGGCUCAAGUGCAGUGACCUGAAGUUUAAAUUAACAGAAGUCAGUUGGUAUUUUUGUUAUAUGUAAAUAUGGAACUACAUAUUGUAUGUAUUUGUUAUGAAAUAACUGUGUUUACAGGACCUCAUGAGAAUAUAAAUUGUCAGUAGAAUUAUGGGAGUUUGUCUUAUUCUGGUUUGUGCAAGCACUUUUUUUUAAUGAUUUGUAGGACUUGAUUAUGGCAGCAGCUCAACAAGUAAAAAGCUAAUUGCAAGACAAAAUUUGUAUUUAAUACUGCAUCGAGAGUUUUUGCUAAAUGAGCUUACUUUCUUUAGCUUGUUCUGAUAUUGUAAAUUUCAUAGAUUAUUAAUCUGACAGUCGGGAGAGAUUUUGAUUACCAGAUCUAGUUUACUGUGCGGCAACAGACAUACCCAUUCUGUAUUUCCAGGAGUUAAUCACUGAUAAACUAUAUUAAAGAUUGGGUGCUGAGGA